GGCGGGGGAGGCGGCCCCAAGUCACAAGAAGGGCAACAGCCUCCCCAGUCACAAGGCGGAGAGAAGUAGUCCCCCAGUCACGGGGAGGGGAGAAGCAGCCCCACUCUGCCCCCUCCCGUCAGCGGGAGAAGCCGUCCCCCCCCCCUCCCGCCCCAGGCAGAGGGAAGCGGCAGCAGCCCUAGCACCGCGGAGUGACUGCGUUGCCAUGGCAACUGACAGAGGCAGGCGGCAGGCAGGCCCCAGCUCCUCUGUGUGUGGGUGAGCGCCGGGAGCCGCCGCCAGCGCCGGACAGGCAGAGGCCGGGGGAGCAGAGUCGGGAUGGAGGACGGUUUCUCCAGCUACAGCAGCCUCUACGACACCUCCUCGCUGCUCCAGUUCUGCAACGACUCCUUGUGAUAACUUACCUAAUUCUAACUGUUGAGGUAUUCAUGAAAAGGAUGACAGUGCCUCUGCUGCAAGCAGUAUGGAGGUAACAGACCGCAUUGCUUCUCUGGAGCAGCGUGUCCAGAUGCAGGAAGAUGACAUCCAGCUGCUCAAGUCUGCUCUGGCUGAUGUGGUUAGACGUUUGAAUAUUACAGAGGAACAGCAGGCCAUGCAGAACAAGAAAGGACCUACCAAAGAUCUGAGUAUGACUAAAAAAGCAGCUGCUGCUGAGCCUGAUAAACAUGUCAGUGCUGCUACCACAGCUAGACCGUUGGUGCAAACAUUGCCAUUAAGGACUACUAUUAAUAAUGGAACCGUCUUACCAAAGAAACCAAGUGGCUCUCUCCCUUCCCCAUCAGGAUCUAGGAAGGAAACUGUGCCACCAUCAACUAAAAGUCAUGGAUUAAACAGGUCUGUGAGUCUUCUCAAUGCAUGCAAACUGAAAAAAACUACUCUAAGUACUGUCAAAAGAACCAGCUCAGCUGAACGUGUGUCCCCAGGAGGUAGAAGAGAAAGCUACGGAGAUUCCAAAGGCAGUCGCAAUCGCACUGGAUCCACUAGCAGUUCUUCUAGUGGUAAAAAGAACAGUGAAAACAAACCCAAGGAACCAAUGUUCAGUGCAGAAGAAGGAUAUGUAAAAAUGUUUCUGCGUGGACGUCCUGUUACCAUGUACAUGCCCAAAGAUCAAGUGGAAUCUUACAAUUUGGAAGCAAAAGUGGAACUACCAGCAAAGAGGCUUAAAUUGGAAUGGGUCUAUGGGUACCGGGGACGUGACUGUCGCAGUAACCUAUACCUACUUCCAACGGGUGAAACUGUGUAUUUCAUUGCAUCAGUAGUUGUGUUAUAUAAUGUUGAAGAACAACUUCAGAGACAUUACACUGGUCAUAAUGAUGAUGUGAAGUGCCUGGCUGUCCAUCCUGACCGAAUCACGAUAGCUACGGGUCAAGUUGCAGGUACCUCUAAGGAUGGAAAACAAUUACCACCCCAUGUACGUGUUUGGGAUUCUGUUACUUUGAACACUCUGCAUAUCAUUGGGAUGGGCUUUUUUGAUCGUGCUGUUACCUGCAUUGCUUUUUCUAAGUCUAAUGGAGGAAGUAACCUUUGCUCGGUGGAUGAUUCAAAUGACCAUGUGCUUUCUGUAUGGGACUGGCAGAAGGAAGAGAGGCUUGCAGAUGUCAAGUGUUCUAAUGAGGCAGUAUUUGCAGCAGAUUUUCAUCCUACAGAUACAAAUAUAAUAGUUACUUGUGGAAAAUCACACCUUUACUUUUGGACAUUAGAAGGGAACUCCCUUAUUAAAAAGCAAGGAUUAUUUGAGAAACAAGAGAAGCCAAAGUUUGUCCUAUGUGUGACUUUUUCUGAAAAUGGUGAUACAAUAACAGGAGAUUCAAGUGGAAACAUCUUAGUCUGGGGAAAAGGUACGAAUAGAAUAAGCUAUGCUCUUCAAGGAGCCCACGAGGGUGGUAUUUUUGCACUUUGUAUGCUGCGAGAUGGUACACUGGUAUCAGGAGGUGGAAAAGACAGAAAAAUAAUAUCUUGGAAUGGGAAUUACCAGAAACUUCACAAGACUGAGAUACCAGAGCAGUUUGGUCCAAUAAGAACAGUAGCAGAAGGGAAAGGUGAUGUUGUAUUGAUAGGCACUACUAGAAACUUCGUUCUACAAGGUACUCUAUCAGGAGACUUUUUUCCAAUUACCCAGGGUCACACUGAUGAGCUAUGGGGACUAGCCAUCCAUCCCUCUAAACCUCAGUUUUUCACUUGUGGACAUGAUAAACACAUUACUCUCUGGGAUGCUACCAGUCACCGUCCUAUCUGGAACAAAAUAAUAGAGGAUCCAGCGCAAUCUUCUGGUUUCCAUCCUUCAGGGUCAGUUGUUGCAAUAGGAACGCUAACUGGAAGGUGGUUUGUAUUUGACACAGAAACAAAAGAUCUGGUCACUGUACACACAGAUGGAAAUGAACAGCUGUCUGUAAUGCGUUAUUCACCAGAUGGAAACUUCUUGGCAAUAGGUUCCCAUGACAACUGUAUCUAUAUAUAUGGUGUUAAUGAAAAUGGGAGAAAAUAUAGUAGAAUUGGCAAAUGCUCAGGUCAUUCCAGCUUCAUUACUCACUUGGAUUGGUCUGUUAAUUCACAGUACCUUGUGUCCAAUUCAGGGGACUAUGAAAUUUUAUACUGGAUCCCCUCUGCUUGUAAACAAGUAGUGAGUGUUGAGACUACUAGAGAUAUAGAAUGGGUUACUUACACCUGUAUUUUAGGAUUCCAUGUUUUUGGUGUCUGGCCAGAAGGUUCAGAUGGAACAGACAUCAAUGCUGUCUGUAGAUCACAUGAGAGAAAACUGCUAUCGACAGGAGAUGAUUUUGGCAAAGUACAUCUCUUCUCUUAUCCAUGUUCACAAUUUAGGGCUCCAAGUCAUGUGUAUGGUGGACAUAGUAGUCAUGUAACAAAUGUAGAUUUUCUGUGUGAAGACACCCAUCUCAUCUCCACAGGUGGAAAAGAUACUAGUAUUAUGCAGUGGCGAGUUAUUUAGAGGAAUUAUUGGUGUGAACACCUGCAGUCAUGGAUGACCAUACACAGAAGUUCUGUACAAACUGUAUAUUUAAAACUUAAACAGUACAUUUGCAGAUUAGCCUGGUCACUGUGAUUCUGUUUAAAAAUUUCUUACAGACCUCAGGAAAAUUAAGCCCUAUGCUGGUUAUCUUACUCAGAUUAGUGAUUCAUUAAGUAUCACUCCUAAAGAAUGAGCUAUAUUUUUUUCUUUCGUUGUACAAUAUAUGCAGCAGUACAGGUUUAAUAUAAAAAUGUGUCUUGAAAGUUUGCAAUACAGUAAUAUCAGCAGAACUGGUGACUGUCUUAACUGUUUUCUACAAACUCUUCUGGUCACAAAAAUGCCUUUCGGAAUACUGUAUAUACAUGCUUAAUUGUCUCUAUGUCUUCACUUUCUCUUGUAUGUCUACCACUUUAGAAAAAUCUAUGACAACACUGAGGUGUACUGAAUUGUUUCUGAUGGAUGGUGAUGAAUUCCUACUAAAGGAAUAAAUCAAGCUAGAAGACACACAAUAAUUAAUAUGUUAGAUAUGAAAAAUGUGAAUGUUAGAAUUCAGUCAUUUGCAUUUUCCAGGGAAUAACAAAUCUUUAAAUUCCACCAGUGAGAAACUGUAUUCUCUUACAAAUCAGCAGGUUAUGCUCCAGUUUAACUUGAAUAUCUCAAAAGGGUUUACAGAUUUUUAUCUAGUUGUAUUCCAUAUAAGCUUAAAUUAAAAAAAUUUUUUUUAUUUGUAUAUGAACAGCUUAUUACAAACAAAAGCAAAACUUGACCACAUCCCCACUAUUGGUUAAUAUAUUUAACUGCUAUGUAUAUUAAUCGGCAUGAUGCUAUGUUGUACAUGUAUAAGAUUUUAGCAGUUCAUUAUAAAAUGUAAGGCAGUUUAGGCUUUACUUUUUUAUGCUUAUGGAUAUUGUAUAUUUGUAUUUUAAGACCAAGUAGACCAAGUCUAAAGAUAUCUUUUUAAAUGUACCAUAAACCUGCAGAGGGAAAAGGAAGUAUUGGAAGCCUACAUGAAAUAUAAAUGUGUAACUUCUGGCCCCUGUGUUUUGUGCAUGGAUGGAUAUUUAUAGUAUGACAUAAGAUUGUGUUUUCCAAUGAAGUAAUAGUGGAGGUGGCAUAAAAUGGUUAAGAAGGCCUUACCAAUUUUGAUUGUGAAACAGAUUGAAAUUUAUUGUUUACCUUGAGGAAUGUAUCUAAAGAAUUUAAAAGAGCAGAGUUAUAAGCAGACUGAAAAGCUAAUAUUAAAGUUUUGCUUGUAAUGGACAGUAAACAUUUUAAUUCUCUGAACUCUAAAGCACUGGUUGUUUGUUUAGAGUGGUUAAAUGAAAUGGAAUCAAUGAAUUUUGAAAUCUUUUUUAUUAUAUCUCCAUCCUGCUAUACUGAAAGUGCAGGACAAUAAUAAAUCAUGUAUUAAAGUGCUUUGUUUUGAUGUAUCCAUCCUGUUCAGUUUAACACAUUCAUUUUUACAUUAAAACUAUACUGUGAUCUGCUUUCACUUAAUGGGAUAAAAUUUUAAAUUCCAAACCAGAGGUAAAUGAAAUCUGAGUUUUAGGUUAUGCAAUUAUUUGCAUAGCUAUACCAGGAUGCUUUUGGAGAUUGAGUUAAUAGUUUGUUCAUAUAGGAUGAAAGUCACGAGGACCAGGAUUUCAACCAACUAGUUUAUUUAUUGCUUCUAACUCCUUAAUACAGCAAAUCAUUUCAAUGUUCUGCUGUUUAUUUCUGUACUUUCCUUAUAUUGUGGAAGAGUAAGAAUGAAUUUAAAGAAUUGAUCUUUAGAGGAAAAUUAUCCCGGGAGGGGGGGGAGAGAGAGAGAUGGUCUUUCUAUGCAAUCUUGCAGUUGAUCCAUAUACAUGCUUAAAUUCUGUACGCUAAGUGUCAUCACUGUUUUCCUCCAAAUUGAUGAAGAGGUAUAUUCAGCUUAUUUUCUGGGCCCACAAAAUUUCCAAACUGGUUAGUUGCUAGGUUUGGUUAAAAUAAACUCCAUGUGUCUGAAAGUUGUCAGAUGACAACAUAUUAAAGUUCAAAAUUAUUCCUGUUUUUACAUUAUUGUUUUCCAAAACUCUAUUAAUAAAGAAAUGACAAAGAUAAGUUGUC